GCUGCGCAGUCUAUGUGCAGCGGUGAGGAGGGGAUUUGGGCUGAUCUGGACUCGCCCUUAACUAGGUGGAGUUUAUCCUGAAUAUAUAUAUACGGUCUUUGCCAAUGCUACGACCCUGGAAACUUAGCACAUCUUUCUUCUCGUAAAGUCGACCGGAAGACUGCAACAGAAACACCAUGUCUAUCAUUGAAGCCCUCAUGAGUCAGGCCGUUUAUAUGGGCAUGCCAGAUGAGUCAGUGCUGAAAAAUGAGGGAACAGUUACUGAAGCCCCAAACUUCAGUGCAAGUGGAGAUGCAGGCGUCCUGGAGAAAGCCAUCAAGACAAAAGGAGUGGAUGAAAACACCAUCAUUGAAAUCCUGGUCAAACGAAGCAAUGCGCAAAGGCAGCAAAUCAAAGCAGCUUACCAGCAGGCCAGUGGCAAGAGUCUUGAAUCAGCCCUAAAGAGUGCCUUGAAAGGAGACCUGGAGGAAGUUGUGUUGGCUCUCCUAAAAACACCAGCCCAGUAUGACGCUCAGGAACUUAAACAGGCCAUGAAGGGUCUUGGUACAGAUGAAGACACCCUCACAGAGAUUUUGACUUCACGCACCAACAGGGAGAUUCUGGAAAUUAAAGCUGCCUACAAGACAGAAUACAAAAAAGAUCUUGAGGAUGACAUCAAGUCUGAUACAAGUGGUGACUACAGGAAAGCCCUGUUGGAACUCUGUAAGGCUAGCAGGACUGAGGGAGUUGUUGAAGCGCUGAUUGACAGUGACGCCAGGGCUCUGUAUGAAGCUGGAGAAGCAAGAAAAGGCACCGACUGCUCUGCUUUUAUUGAAAUCCUCAUCACCAGAAGUGCCCCACAUCUCCGCAGAGUGUUUGAGAGGUAUUCCAAGUACAGCAAAGUGGAUGUGGCCAAAGCGAUCGACCUGGAGAUGAAAGGAGAUAUUGAAGCCUGUCUCACAGCUGUUGUGAAGUGCGCUGGAUGUAGGCCAGCUUUCUUUGCAGAGAAGCUCUAUUUGGCCAUGAAGGGUAAAGGAACACGAAAAAACAUCCUCACUCGUAUUAUGGUGAGUCGCUCUGAAAUUGACAUGAAGAAAAUAAAAGAGGAAUACAAAAAGAACUAUGGCAAAACACUGUACCAAGAUAUCCUGGAUGACACUAAAGGUGACUAUGAGAAGAUCCUUCUUGCGCUCUGUGGAGAAAACUAAAGUGUAAUGAGCUGAAUUAGGAAAAAUAUAUUCCAGCAACAUUUUCUGACACAGUGCUUUCUUCUGGAGAAAUUGCCAUCAUGAACUCCCAGGCUCAGCAUGUUGUAUGUUAGCAGUCUGAAAACUUUCACAGCAGCGGCAGUUUCAACAAACUUCACCUCAGCCCAGUUACAACUUGUGCUUUCAGUAUAUACUUGUUGCUUCCAAAGAAACCAAACCUGCAAUGAACAAUACAUGUGCCAAUUAUAUAAAAAAAUAAAUAUGUUAAAUAAAAAAUGUAAAAGAUAAA